AUCUAGAGGGCGAAAAACACUAAGAUCGACAAAAUUAAUAACAACCUUGAAUAUAUUAUAUUGAAAUUGCAAAAACCUAGAGGCUUGGGAAAUAUGUAGAACAAGAAUUAGGUAUAAUUACAGGUCUUCCAGAUCAGCAACUACGAACAAGUAGUAUCGAAUUUCAUGCCUUUACAUUUGCGUGUAUUAGUGUUGUACUCUGGAUUAGGUGACUCAACGAGCAAAAGAAUGACGUAUGUGUGUCUACGAAGAAUAUUUUUAGAAGGAAUGAGUAAUCAUUCCAAAACUGUUAAGUUCAGUGGACCACAAAGAUGGCUGAAUAAUACAAACAAUAGCAACACAAAAACAAUAGCCACAAAGAAGAGAACUGUGUUGUGGAAGUUUUUCAAGCUUAUCACUGGUGGUACCAUUGUUAUUGGAACUCCUACCUGUUACGUAACUCUUGACUCUAAACAAAAACAAACAAUUAGAAUUAAUUUAGAAGGAGCUGGAAGGUUUUUGAGGUCACUACAUAUUGGCCUGAAAAUAUCACUGGACUAUUGGUGGAAUCUUUAUGGACUUGAGGAGAACUCAAAAGAAUAUGAGCAAAUGAUAAAGCCAUGCCACCAGAGAGCAGCAGAAAACAUAUUACAAGGUUGUCUGAAGAAUGGAGGUUUGUAUGUGAAGUUAGGUCAGGGUCUUGUUGCCUUGAAUCAUAUUCUGCCUCAAGAAUACGUUGAUACCCUCUCUGUUCUUCAUGACAAAGCUUUGACCCGGAGAAACAAUGAGCUUGAUCAACUAUUUCUUGAAGAUUUUGGAAUGCUUCCUGAAAAGAUGUUUCUUAAAUUUGAUAGACAACCAGUGGCAGCUGCUAGUUUAGCUCAAGUACACAAAGCAGUAACAUACGAAGGGGAUGAAGUGGCUGUAAAGGUUCAAUACAUAGACCUACAACAGAGAUUCUCUGGAGACUGUAGAACUGUUGAGUUUUUGUUGAAAAUUAUUGGACUCAUGCAUCCAAAUUUUAAUUUCACGUGGGUUAUGGAUUACUUGAAGAAAAGUCUUGUAAAAGAACUGGACUUCAUCCAUGAAGGACAUAACAUGAAAAGGUGUUCAGCUGAACUACAUCAUCUACCAUUUGUAUAUGUUCCCAAGGUUUUGUGGGAUAAAUGUAGCAAGAGGGUCAUCACUGCAGAAUUCAUCGAUGGUGUUAAAGUUAGUGACAUUCAAGGUAUUCACAAAAUGGGUUUAAGUUUGAAAGAUGUAGAUGAAAAGCUUGUUCUUGCAUUUGCUGAACAGAUUUUUUCGACUGGAUUUGUACAUGCAGAUCCUCAUCCAGGAAAUGUAUUUAUCAGGAAAGGGAAAGAUGGGAAGGCUCAGAUUGUACUGUUAGAUCACGGAUUAUAUGAAUACUUGCCAGAAGAAAAUCGUAUUUCCUUGUGUAAACUAUGGAAGGCUAUUGUUUUGAACAAUCACGAUGAAAUGAAAAGCUACUGUGAAGAGCUAGGGGUGAAAGAUUACUACCUGUUUUGUGAAAUCUUGAUGCAGAGACCUCUCCAGCGACACAACUUGAGAAUCCCGAAUAAGUUAACAGUCAGUGAUAUUAACUACAUGAAACAGAUGGCCCAGGAGCACUUUGAUAAAAUUAUGGCAACUAUCCGUAGUCUGCCAUUCCCCAUGCUUUUGGUAUUCAGAAACAUUAACACUGUGAGAUCCAUAAACAAAUGCCACGGUAAUCCGAUUGAUCGUUACACACUCAUGGCUCGUCGAGCAACACGUGGUGCUUUUGCACGACAAGGAGCUGGUUUCCUGGAAAAAAUACGAGGAUGGCAGGAUCAGUUAUAUUUUGAUUUGAUAUUAAGUUUAGAAAAACUGCGAACAUGGAUUUUUAUGUUCUCUCUUCAUCUUUUGGCCUUCUUUGGACGAGCACCAGAUGUUACUGAAGUGAUAAACAUGAUGAUAUGAUUGUGGACCAUCUACUUUUUUACUUUGAUCAAAGUUUUAUUUGUCAGUUACAAUUUCAAGAUCACCUAGGUUAUUUUUGCAAGUUUCUGUUAAGUUAAUCUUCAACUUCUUUCCUUUACUCCUGAAAGCAAACAAAGAUAACGUAAGCUUUCCUUUUCCGACCACUGCUGAUAAAACUGGAAAGAAAAAAACGUUAAUGAUAAGAAGAGAUAACGAAACUAUCAUCCAACAAACGAAGAAUUAUCCAUUAAAUUAUAUAUAAUAGAUGGUUGUUUUUACUGAUAAUUUUGAUUCUUUUAUUUUGAUACACAAUAAAAUAAUAUAAAGGUAUUUCUAAUUUAUACUUACUACGAACAACAAAGUUAAAAAUGAAAUAUUUAAGACUACAACAACAAAAAAAAUAUUUUGUGAAUUUCGUGGUAGAUUGAAACAACCCUACAGGGUAGAAUAUUUAAAAAAGUAGAGUUACAACGCUAGAAUCCGGGUUUCGAUACCCGUGGUAGGUAGAGCACAGAUAGCCCAUUGUGUAGCUUUGUGCUUAAUUGCAAACAAACAAACAAUAUAUUGAUUGACACGAGAAAAAAGUUAGUAAUGAAUUCCUCUCUCUCUCUCCUCUUCAUUGGAACAAAUGAAUUAAUAUUGUAUAGCAACUUCGUGAACAACGUACUUUGACUUAUGAGGUACUCGUACUGUGCAUUAAUAGUAUUCAUCCAUAUAAGUAGAGAUACCUUCGACUCUUUAGGAACAGAAUUAGCAUAGAACACAACAUUAAUUACUCUGUAUGAUGGUAAACCAUCACGAUGAAACCAUUAGGUUGAUGAAAUGCACAUAUACUGUCGUUGUAAACAUACAUUCUAUCCGUGAGUAUAUAAUAAACUAUCUCUUGCAUACAAACCUUUCUUGUAUUUCUCUGCAACUAUCAGUGACUGGUAAAUAGACAUUAUUUCUGUGUAAGUACAAGAUAAACCGCUGCAAAUGAACAAAUAUUUCUUUCUGUAAGUUAAAGAUGAACUGUGUUUUGUAGUUAUACAUUUCUUUCUGUAAGUAAAAGAUGAACUGUGUUUUGUAGCU